GUCUCCCUUAAUACUAAGCUAUAAACGGAAUUCGAGGUCGAACUUCUGUUGGAAGACCAGCUGAAACUGCGAGCUUAGCACCGUUGUCGAUUAUGUCUGAAUCAGUUCUAACCAGCGCUCGAUACGGCAAAGACCUCAUUCGCGUCUUUCGUGUUGUUCGGGAUGCCGAGUUUCAUCAAGUUGUGGAAUACAAUGUGACAGUACACGUAGAAGGCGAUAUCGAGACCAGCUACACAAUUGCAGACAACUCCGUUGUUGUCGCAACCGACUCUAGUAUGUACAUUAUCUCGCCAAGACUUCAUCCCCACAUCCUCAGCCCGGAACGGUUUGCAUUGCAUGUGGGAACUCAUAUCGUCUCCAAGUAUGCGCACAUACACCGUGCAUUCGUGACCUUGGAGAAGUUGCGUUGGUCUCGCAUCGCCUUAAGUGAAAAUGACCAUCCGCACCCACAUUCGUUCGUUAGGGACGGGAAUGACAGACAGACGGUCGAGGUCGAGGUCGAUGCCUCUGCUGGCAAGGACAAGCUCUCAGCUAAAGUAACUUCGGGGAUUACCGAUCUCUUGGUGCUCAAGUCGGGUGGUUCUGCGUUUCACGGAUACAUUCAUGACGAGUACACCACGCUGCCGCAAGUGGACGAUCGUGUUUUGUCAACCUCCGUGGACCUGAACUAUACCUUUGCGCCCUUAUCGCUCAGCUCUCCCACUGAUGACAAGAAACUGGACUUCACCGUCCCAAAGGGCUUCGCACUCGGUGGCGUUUGGGACGCGGUUAAUGUUGCGACGCGGGCGAGAAAUGCCACGCUUGAUAUAUUUGCCCUGGACGCCAGCGCUAGUGUGCAAGCAACGUUGUUUAAGAUGGGGCAACGCGUCAUCGCGGAAAACUCGGGCGUUGAGUCCGUCACGUACAAGCUGCCAAACAAGCACUAUAUCCCAGUUGAUAUGAAGUAUAUCGGGUUGGAUAAUACUACACCGUUGAGUAUCAUUCGAUUUUUUCCUUCAGCCGGGUUGAUCUCCGCCACGAUCUCGCGCAAAUAGGUGACAACAAAUGGCGUCACACGCUAAAUUGCCAGCAUUGUCUUGACGACGGGAAGAGGAAUUUGUUCAAGUUUUGGAUAUUGUAUUUUGAAGAUGUGGAGAGAGGAUGAGGGAUAAAGGGGAUGAGGAAGAAGGUAGAGAUGAUUAGGAUGAACUGACUUUCGGUGAAUGUGUAUGACAGUUAGGGGAGAUAUCAUCGUAUGUAAAGAUAAUUUGAUAUUAAGUAAGAAAGCAGUGUCUGCCGAUAAGGUAUAUAUGACAUCAUAGACGGCCGACGCCGAAGGUUAUAGAUC